GGUUUAGCACCAAAAAACAUGAGAGAAGGGCUGUGCUCCAAGGGGGAGUCAGGUGCUGUUCUGUGAGGCUCCUUCCUGCUGACUUUGAUCACCUAUUACAACUUUAUGAGUGAGAGUGUUACCAUCUUCAAAAGAAUAUCUGGCUUUAAAGCAGAACACCAGAGUAAUGAAUUUAUUAUUUAUGUCUAAAGUGAAUUAAGGUGGUGCACCAGGGGAUGUCAGUGUAAGAAUCCUGAAGUCUGGGGGGCAAAGAGCUUUUCCUUGAUCUGAGAUCGUUAAGAUAACAAGUUAGUUUUCUCAGAAUAAGAACAAUUCUAAGAACGAUGACAAUUCUCAGACAAAGACCAAGGGCGUCAAUCUCAGUGGACUAAAGAAGACAACCAAUUUAGUUUCAGCCAGAACAGGUUCAAGCUGUUAGGGCAGGAGAUGGGGGGGCUUUUUCACCAGUAAAAAAAUGCAUCAACCUUAGAUGUGAAUCUGGAGCCUCAGAUGGGACCCCCUGGCUCCAUGUAAAGGAGGAGCCACGUCAGCGUUUAUCUGCUGGAAUGCUGGGGGAGGCAGCAGGACGGACCUGCUGAAGCAUCCAGCUGACCAAACUGGAAGGUCCAACCUUCUGAAGGGUCCUCUCAUCAUCGCAUUUAGCUUUUUUUUUGUUCCACUAGGUCACACCCACCUGUCCUCCCCCUAUAAAACAGUUGGGCACCCCCGGGCUGGUCAGUCCACAAACUCCUGACCUCCUCCAUCAUGUCUACGACCCUGCAGAGCAGUGUGUUCCGUGCCAGCUCCUCACACGGGUGGAUGCUUGCUCCCAGCGUGCACGGUAAAGCGGGAAUCUCCCAGUCCACCAGCGCUGGCAUGUGGUGGUCUGGAGGACAUGAGGACGCGCUCACGCACUGCAGCGAGAAGCUCACCAUGCAGAACCUCAACCAGCGCCUGUCCCGCUACCUGGAGAAGGUGCGCUCUCUGGAGGAGAAAAACGGGAAGCUGGAACUGAAAAUCCGGGAGUUCUGCCUGAAGAAAAAGGCUGUUCCUCACGACUUCCGCAAAUAUCUUGAGACGAUCAGCGACCUGCGCGCGCAGAUCUCAAGGAGAUGGUCAAAAAAUCAAAGCGUCGCCAUCCUGAUGGACAAUCUCAGCCUGGCAGCAGAUGACUUCAGAAUGAAAUAUGAAGUGGAGCUCGGCCUGAGGAAUGCUGUGGAUGCUGACAUCCUCCGCCUCAGGAAUGUCAGGGACAGCCUGACCCUCAGAGUCUCCGACCUGGAGAUGACCGUAGAAACCCUUCGGGAGGAGUUAAUGUCUUUGAAAAAGAACCACUCAGAGGAGAUGCAUCAGCUGCAGGUUGGGCCAACCGGUGAAGUGAACGUGGAAGUGGAUGCUGCAGAUUCAGUAGAUCUGACCGAGGUCCUGGAGGAGGUCAGGGUGAGUUACGAAGCCGUGCUGAGGAAGAACAAGCUGGAGCUGGAGACGUGGUACCAGAGCAAGAUGGAAAGUCUCCAGAAGGAAAUCGUCUCAUGCACGACGGAGGUGAAGACCUUUCAGACUGAACUGACAGAACUGAGGAGGACUCACCAGAAUCUGGAGAUCAAGCGGCAGUCCGUCUGUGCUGAGGUUCAGCUCCUGCGUGAGAACCUGGAGGAGGUGAAUUUGUUGUGCGGCGUCCGGCUGAGUCAGCGGCAGGAGACCGUCCACACGCUGGAGAUGGAGCUGCAGGAGCUGAGGGUCUCGCUCCAGCAGAGUCAGGGGAGGUACAGCGUGCUGCUGGAGCUCAGGACAAAGCUGGAGGCGGAGAUCGCCGAGUACCGGAGGCUGCUGGGGGGAGAGCACCAGGAGAAAAAGAGAGAUGUGAUCAUCUGCGUGGUGACAGAGGAGGUGGAAGAGCCAAAGCAACACGUUGAGAAGAGGGUGAGGACCAUCGUGGAGGAGAUCAUCGAUGGGCAGGUGGUGUCCUCCUCUGAGAAAACCCAGGUGCAGACCAUUCAGUGACCUGCUCCCUGACAGAAAGGAGGCUGCAGAAAGGCUCAAAUUUAAGUCGUUUGGGACUACAGUAACACUAAAACCUAAUAAACGUUGAAAGUUUUUUCUGCA